AGCAAAGCGGCGACCAAAGGCAGCCUCACUACGCGCCUCCGUAAUUGAGUUAGUUAGGAGGACAACAGGGGAUGGGGGGGGGGGGGGAUCUCUCUGCAUUCUUCUGCAUUAAAAGUAUCGGAUGUUUUUUGCGGUUAUAGGUGGCGGAUUAGGUGAGACCUAAAUAAUAAGCAACCUCGUCCGGGGGAAACGGACGCUGGGACUCGAACUAGUGACUCAAGGAAUAAGUGCGGCUCUCUCAGCCAGGAGGAGGAAACGCUGCAGCUUGUUUUUCCUGCGCGUCGUUUUGUAGAGCAUCUAACCCAGGAUGAGGUUGUGAAAAGCGGACCUAUUGGUUUGUCCCUCCGUCCACCUCCAGCCUGCAUGAAACAAAGUCUGUUGUCCGCCACACAACCUGCGGCGCAGCGUAGACCCUGGCGUGCUGUCACCGCUGAGCGUUUUCCCCUGUUUUAUGCUGCGAGUAAACACUUCUGCUGCUGAAGGUCUAGCGUCUCCUGCAAUCACAAUGAGGACCACAGAGGAGACCGAGGGAUUUGACGGCGAGGCCUCAAACACGUCCAUGAUCUCCGGGGCCAGCAGCCCGUACCAGCCCACCACCGAGCCCGUCCUUUCGCGCAACGUUUUGGGCGCGAUGAGGUGCGACAUGGAGUACCUCAGGUCCUAUUUCGGGAUUUUAAAGGCGGUGGAAGUGGUCCUGUCAUUCAUCAGUUUUAUCUGCAUUGAGACCAUCAUGAUGUGUUCUCCCUGUGCAGGGGUCUACUUCUUUGAGUUUGUUAGCUGCAGUUCCUUCGUUGUGACGGGGGUUCUUCUCCUGAUCUUCUGCAUUAACCUUCACAUCAAGGUUCCCCAAGUUAACUGGAACCUGACGGACCUGGUUAACACUGCUGCUAGCACAUUUUUCUUCUCCCUCUCAUCCCUCGUUCUGGCCUGCAUCAACCACAACACUGGAUCUGAAAUAGCAGCAGUAAUCUUCGGCUUCCUGGUGACAGGUGUGUACGGCCUAAACACCUUCCUGGCGGUACGGAGGUGGCGCAGUGGCAACGGGUGUCAGGGAGCCGCUCAGACCAGUGAGUACAUGCGAGCGCGCACUGCAUCACGUGGAGAAAUGGAGGCUCGACCUGAGCUCGCGUGAGAGCUGGCAAAUAAGCUACGUACAGGCGGCUGACUGAGAUGAAGGCAGCUCUGGCCUUCUGAACUUGGUUCACCUUUGGACCCCUGCAGCUCUGAUGCCAAGUCAAGAUCCAUUUUACAGCCCGAAGAUGGACCAUGUGGUUCAGGAGUCACUUUGAUUCCUUAUCACAUAAAACACUUUCACACGAAAGGCUGGAUCAGAACUGAAGGUGUGACCCAAUGAGGAGACAAUCUUCCAUGUCAUGUAAGAUCUGCCAAAAAGGCCGACUUCCACAUCAGCCCCUGUUCUGGAGACUGUAGUGACAUUUGCAAAAGUUUUGUCUUUCACUGUGAUUGAAGUUUUCUAAGUUUGCUUGUGUCCCCCAGGUUUCUGUGAAGUAUGCAGUAAAAAACAAUAUGACUGCGGACAUGGGAUCCAUGGAGGAGCACCUCUGACUAUCACCUGCAUUGCAAUCAUCCCUUUAUUGUUACAUCCUGCAGCCUUUUGCUACUUCUUGUGAACAAGGCUGGUAGUAGAUAGUCAUCUCUGAUGAUUGUGACUGGUUUGUUUUGGUUGAUUUUGUAGUUGCCUUUUAACUUGUAACCUAAAAAUUACUAAAAGAUUUUGCUGUCAGCAGUAACACAGUAGCAGUGCAGGAGGAGGAUUCCUUACUUAUAAAGUAAUGUGAGGUUAGUUUUUAUAAAUGAUUGGAAACAUUUGACUUUGUCACUGAGAACUAUAUAAUAGCAGAACAAGAAUAUUAAAUAUGAUUUGUUUUAUCAACCAAAAAUGUUGUCUUGACCUUAGUUUACUUUGUUUUUGCUAUGAAAUCAUCAUAAUCAACUUAUUUGAUCCCAUUUAUUCAGCACCCUUUGAUCCAAAAGAUACAAUUAUCUAUCUUGCUUUUCUAAUAAAAUAUUGUUUUAACCAAAAA